AUGUUGGUGAUUGUUGUACGAAAUCCAACGAAAGAUGCUGAAUGGUAUCUUCAGCUCUUAUAUUCCGACGAUGUGAUCAACGAUUUUGUUAUGAAACUGGUUGAAGAGGUCUUUCUAACAACUGGAAGAAGAAUUCCUGUCGAUGUUGGGGAUUCCACAGAAUUUGACGACUCAACUUUGAAUGAUUCGAGAUUCUCGUCAACCACAUCGAAGGUGCUGCGAUGGAUGUCUUUGCGAAGAACUCGAAAGUACAGAAAUCGUCCAAUUACCUCAGCUGUAGAUGCUUUCCAGCCACUUACGUAG